AUGCGUGCCCUGGGAAAGUCCGCCCGCGCGUCGGCGCCGCUGGUUCAGCUGGAGCUGCAAAGAGCGCGCAGCAUCAAAAGGGUGCUGGCUGUGGUGGACAAGCACUUCCACAUCCUCGAUGGCGGUCACGUGAGUCUGGCGCUGCAGAAGCUCGCGGCUCUGCCCAGGGAGGGCUCUGAGAGCAUCGAGCGCGAGCUCCUGGAUCUGCUGCGACUGGUGGAGCAUCAUGCCGCCCAGCUGCCAGACAAGGAACUCUUGCGCUUGGCCAGGAGCCUUGUGGGCUUGGCCCGCCCCGACAAUCCGGCCUGGCAGGCCAUCGGCAGCGCGGUCGCGGAGAGGAUCCCGCGCCUCGACACGGACCUGGCGCCGCUGCUCGCGGCGUUGGCGGCGGCGCGAGGCGCCGCGACGGAGGCCUUCCGAGCAGCCGAGAAGCCAGAGGUCGUGGCCUCAAUGUCAGACGCCACGCUGGCUGGAGUGUUGUCUGCCAUGGUUGUCGCUCGGCAAUCGCCUGCCAGCGGUGCGCUGCUUGAGGCAGUCGCGGCCCGGACUCCGAAUUUCGAAGAGGCAGUGCUGCGCCAGGUGUCCGCUGCCCUGGCCAACUUGGGAUCUGCCGGCGCUCCUUCGGUGGCCCGACUCAUGGAGGACCUUGAGCUGCGAAAACCGCAGAAUCUCGAAACCUCCACGCAGAUCGCCCUCCUCUGGGCGUGCGCCCGUGCGCCUGCACUGGAUGCACUUGGUGCAGAGCGGCUGAGCCGAAUGGCGGAUCAGGUUGGCCCCAGGCUUUCCGAGGCCACGCCUGCGGAGCUUUCGCGGCUGUCUUGGGUGCUCGUGCAGGGCCGGCGACAAUUCGGCCCCAUGGGAGUUUCAUUUCUGGAGGCAGCCCUCAGCGAGGUGCGCGAGCGCCUUGGGGAGUUCAACAGCUCCCAGCUCUCCACGGUGCUCUGGGCUGCAGCGGAGGUCGCCGUGCAGGCAGACGCAGUUCUCCCGGUUGCCGCGCGGCUCACCUCCUUGGGUCUGGCGGAGCUGCCAGAGGCAUCGUUGGGCUCCUUGACGGUGUCAGUGCCCAAGCUGGGAUUGGACACUCAGGAGGGCGCUUCUCUGCUUGCGUUGGCAGCUGCAGAGGUUAAGCUUCGAUGUGACAACCCAACGUCGAGAACUCCGCUCUCACCGGCGACCCUCUCCUCCGUUCUCUGCAGCCUGGCAGAGCGGCUGCCAGAAGAUGGGCAGCGGUUGCUGUCUGCCUUGGAGCCGACGAUUCUUGCGCAGCUGACGUGGGGCCACUUUGGGCCAAAGCAUCUCGCCCGCUUGGCCCACGCAGCUGCUAGCCUUCCCGGCCCUUCUGCAGCGUUGCGGGAGGCUCUGGCCCGCGCGGUGCGCGUGGCUCCGGGAGACUUUGAGCCUGGGGACCUGGCGAAGCUCGGGCAGUCCUUCGCGAAGCUGCAACUUCCGGCCGACUACUGUCGGGACCUGGCUGAAGCAAGUCGGAGCCCCACGUGCCCGAGUGGAAAAGAAGUGCUUGCAGCAGCGGCCGUCUGGGCUGUGCACCGCUGCCUUUCCGGUGCUACAAUGGGUGGCGCCGUCUGGGUUGGCACAGCAGUAGCGGUUCCUGAUUCAGAGGACCUUUACAGGCUCAUGAGAGGUCUGGAUGACAAGUGCUUCGAAUUUGGAAAGAUGUCCUUCGGCCCUUUGGCAGCGGAGCUUUCCACUGCGGUGUGGAGGUGGGUCUACGGCCUCGAAUGGAGCUUCUCCGACAUCGUGAACUGCACUGCGGAGGAGCGGAUGCGAACCGGCGUCUUCAGUGCCUGGCCAAAGCAAAGUCCGGGACACCGUUAUGUGGAAUCUGUCUCGAUGGGCUUCACGUCAAAGUCAGAGGUCCAAGUGCUCAAUCUCGUCGCCGGGAUGGAGGCGAUUUGGCCAGUGGCUUCCUACAACGUCCUCCGAAGAAACUGCUGUCACUUCGUGGAUGAGUUGUGCAAGAAGAUCGGCGUCGGUGGCAUCCCUCCACGGCUGAUGAGCUUGGCCGGAGCCGGCGUGUCCCUGGUGGAGUACAGCCAAGCAGCUGCAGACUACGCGUGUUGCACCAGCAACGGCAAGGUUUGCUCUCUGAGCUGCUGCUACGAUAGCACGGUGGACAAGAGCUACCAGGAGCUUCACACGCCGAAGGACUGUCGAACAUCGACAGUCAAGAGGAGCUGUCUGGAUCUCGUGGCGACCCGCUUUUCCUGCCCAAUGGCGCAGUCUUUGCAGCAGCCUUUGGCAGGCGAGAGCACUGAGACUUGCUGCUGUGGGCUGGACCGCGACUUCACGAAGUGGGUCCAAUGGAGGAGUCCGACUGGCACCAACACCCGUGCGGAGAGAUUGCCGUGGCAAGCCGGCUCUACAGUGCUCUUGCUGGCGGAAAUGGCGUUCUACUUCUACUUCGUUGCCGCUUCCGCUGUGCUGGUUUUGAUUGGUGCAAUCUUCGUCGUCAAGGCCUUGGUGGAAAUCUGGGGACAGCAGACACCCACUUGGCUGUGCCCAGGUACAGUCUGCAUGCUCUUCGUGAUCUACGUGCUUCUCAUCCCGACAUUCAGCUCCAUGUUCGGCUACUGCACAAUGGCCUCGGACAUCAAUUUCACGGGACGCAGUUGGGUUGGCCUGGUGCUCUAUCUGUUUGGAUCUUCCUUCGCGUUGUACUACGAGGUGCACCGCUUCAGGUUUAAGGCCAAGCCUGAGAACAAGGGAAAGCUCCACACCGUCGGGCCGGCCGCCUGGUGCAUCCACCCGAACUACUUUGGAGACCUCUUCACGUACACAGGCCGUUGUUGGUUCGGGCAGUGCUUGAAAUCUGCAGUUGUGCGAUCUUAA